CCCAUGACGGCUGGGAUAGGGUCCAGCACGCCCCCGACUCCCGUGGGGACUAAGCGGUUCAGAAAAUCGAUGGAUGGAUGGAGUUAUUUUGAUGGCUUUAUCCUCACGUCCGCUUGGCUAGAAGCGUACGUUACGAUUCACUAAAUUGUUGCAUCACUUCUUGCAGUCAGCCUGGUCCUCCACACGUGCUCUGACUCAGCCGAAUACGCCGGCGUUUCAAGAAUACUCACGCUUCUUCCUGGUCUGUCUGCCCGUGUUCUGGUCCUUCUCAGAGCGAGCUCGCGCGAAGACGUCUGAGAAUCAACUGAUUUAAAAAUGAAGCCAAAGAGGAUUACACUGUUUUUCUUGCUUUUUUACUUUGCAAACCAAGAUUCUGUGCAGGAUGAAGUGUCUUGCCGUGAAAUUAAAGGCAACGAGGGCUGUUUCCACAAAUUUGAUAAACGUUGCCCAGGGGGUCAAAUUGUCGUUAAGGAAGACAAGACCACUAUUGGCCAUGCCGACUUCAGCGAGAAUCCGCCCAGCUUUGACAUCUAUAAAACAUUCGCAAGAUGUAUAAAUGAGAGUGGUAUUGUCAUAAACUACGGCAGUAACAUUUCAACAGAGUACCACAAUUGUAAUGGGAUGCCUGAAGAUAGCACAGAUUUCUAUUGUACUCAUGAUACUUCAAUGAAUGGAGCGCCCGGAACCAGUAGCAAACCCAAUGUAACUCAUCCUAUCGCCAAUGAUACUUCAAAGAAUGUCAUGGUCGGGGUCGGGGUCGUGGUCGUGGUCGUGGUCGUGGUCCUGUGCAUCAGGAAGUAUAUGAGGGAAAAGGAAAAGAAAAAGAUGCUGCCCAAGGCUGUGCACUCAGACCCUCUACUGCCACGCGCCACUGCCGACCAGCCCACAGAGACAACCUCCGCCAUCGAGCUCCUCUCCGAGGAUGACGAGGCUGCUGUGGUGAAUGGUCUUUCUUGAUUCGCUGGUCAUCAAAAAACAUUCGGACGAUUGCUGGCCCAGAGAAGGAACACUUCAGGGACACACGGCUGAUUGGGAAAAUAUUUUAUUCAACCGAUGUCAGAGUGAUGUCUCUCCAAAAAUUUGAGUGGCCCCAAAAGCAAAGAUGUUAGCAGCCCCCAUUUUUCCUUCUCUUUCUCUGCGAGGCCCCACAUCUUUUAUACCUCGUAAGACAACAGCUGCGGUUCGAGUCUCAGUCUACUGGUUGCUUUCAUGCCUGGUCUUCCUGGUCACGAACAAAUGGCCCUUCCAUAUUCUAGGCUCCUACACAUUACUAAAACUAAAGCGUCUCUGUACCACAAAAAUAGCUCAUGGUAGUCUCACUGCUGCUAGUUCACCACCUAAAGGCAACAUACAAAGACGCAUAGAAUCCAAAAUUUACUACACUGCCUACAGAGAGGAGGUCUGAGGUUGGCAGCCUGGUACUCAGAGAACUCCUUUGCCUUGAACACCAGCAAAAAAAAUAUCGAUUUCAGGAAGCAUAACACUGACAUAGCCCCCCUACACAUCAACGGCGAGCGCUUGGAAAGGGUCCACACCUUCAAGUAUCUCGCCGUCCUCAUCUCAAACAACACCUCCCAGUCAGAGAACAUCACCUCCAUCACCAAGAAGGCACAGCAGCAGCUACAGUUCCUGAGAGUUCUCAGGAAGCACAGCCUCAACUCCAACCUGCUGCUGACCUUCUACCGCUCAUCCAUUGAGAGUUUGCUGACAUAUUGCAUCACAGUAUGGUUUGUCAGGAAGAGACUGCAGAGAGUUGUCAAGGGACCACAGAAGAUCGUCGGCUACCCACUCCCCUCGCUGACGGACAUUUACACCUCCUGCUGUCUCAGGAGAGCUAAGGCAAUCUCAGGAAACAUCUCCCAUCCUGGCUUUGUCCUGUUUGACCUGCUGCCCUCAGGGAGGCGUUACAGAAAUAUCAGGACAAGGGCAACCAGACUUAAAACCAGCUUCUUUCCAAGAGCCAUAACUGCUGUCAAUACGAACGUGCGAUAAGUCUGAUCUCUUUGGACUGCAUCUUUCUACGUGCAAUAUAUUUAUGCUUGGUCACCAUAAUUGUGCAAUUGUCAUAGCCAUUGUAUUCCUUUGUUCAGACAAGCGUUCUGGGUCUUACCUUAGCAAACUAACAACAACCAUAACUGUGCAGUUGUCACUUUGCAACCUUGUCUACAUUGUAUACAGGACUGCCUCUGUCAGGGUUUUCCAAACUAUCUUGAUCGAAUGAUUAUGUUGGAAUGUAACCUGUAAUAAAUAACCUAGCUUGGCCCACCCUACACAACGUCAUAAAACACACCCUAUGUUUUGAUGACAGUCCAUCCAGUCCACUGUCACCCCCACCCUGUUUCUCUUAAUAAAAAUGCAGUCUCAGAAAAUUAGAAUAUUGUGAUGUUCUUUAUUUUCUGACAUGCAUUAAGCUGUAAGCCAUAAUCAGCAAUAUUGAAAUAAAAGGCUUGCAAUAUUUCAGUUGAUUUGUAAUGAGUCCAGAAUGUAUGACCUUUUUGUUUUUUUAAUUGCAUUUCAGAAAAUAAAGAACUUUAUCACAAUAGUGUAUAUAUAGUUUAACAUUUAUCAUAUAUAUAUUUUUUUUCUAUAUACUUUGUUUUAUUUUGCGCUGUUGGGCAGUUCCAAUCUUGUUAUACUAUGUAUAAUGAAAAAUAAAAGGCAUUCUGAUUCUGA